CUAAUCUAAAAUACGUGCAAUAUAGUGUUUUGAAGCGUUUCUAAACUUUCGACCAAAAAAAAAAAAAAGCGUUUCUAAACAAAGGUUCGACGAUCGCUGUUCUCUGCUCUACGACACGGUGCAUUUGCUCGUUACUAUUGGAUUUGGAUUUCUGUAACUUACGAUUCGCAAACGAAGGAUAGAUAGAAUGCAAUUUCUGUGAGAUUGAAACACGUUUUACAAUCCAAUUCUUUAUUUUGUUCUCAAUCCCAAGACGUGUCCGCUGCCUCCAUGAGAGUAUCUGGGUAAGGACGUUACCUUUUUCCGGCAAGCAUCGCACACCAUCGCCCCAAAAGAGGUUUGAACCGUUCCUUCACUAAAUGGCUGAAAUACUUGGGUCAUUCCUCUCUUCCUUGUUAGCAUCAAAGGUGGAUAGGAUAUCCGUUCAAGACUUUAAAGAUUUCUUUAAGGGCAACGGUAUUGAUGAGAGGCAUCUCCAAGACUUAAGACUGCUUUUAUUAUCCGUCGCUACUGUGCUCAAUGAUGCGGAGGAGAAGCAAUUUAUUGAACCAUGGGUGAAAGAGUGGACUGAUAAAGUUAAGGAUGUUGCAUAUGAUGCCGAUGACUUAAUGGAUGAGCUAGUCACCAAGGAAAUGUAUUCAAGGGAUUUUGCUUCGUCUCUCAAUCCAUUUGCUGAACGACCACAAUCUAGAGUUCUAGAGAUUCUUGAGAGGUUAAGAUCCUUAGUAGAGCUCAAAGACAUUCUCAUUAUUAAGGAAGGUAGUGCAAGUAAAUUACCCUCAUUUACUUCAGAAACAACUUCUUUGGUAGAUGAACGUCGAGUGUACGGUAGAAAUGUUGAUAAGGAGAAAAUUAUCGAGUUUUUGUUAUCCAACAACUCCCAAGAUGUGGAAGUGCCUGUAGUUGCUAUUGUUGGGAUGGCAGGAGUUGGCAAGACCACUCUUGCUCAGAUAUUAUACAAUGAUUCACGAGUUAUGGACCAUUUUCAGUCAAGAUCGUGGGCAUCCGUUUCAGGAAAUUCGAAAAUGCAGGAAAUAACUAAACAAGUUCUUGAUUCAUUCACUUUGUGUCAAUCUGAUGUCGUGGACUUCAAUGGUCUCCAAAUUCGGCUAAAAAAAGAAUUAACAGGGAAAAGGUUUUUACUUGUUUUGGAUGGGUUCGAGAAUGAGAAUUAUCUUGAUUGGGAUAUCCUUCAAAUGCCUUUUGUUUCAGAAAAUAAUGGAAGUAGAAUAAUUGUUACCACACGUAAUAAAAGGGUUGCCACAGCAAUCCGUGCUAAUCUAACUCAUUUCCCCCCGUUCCUAUCUCAAGAGGCUUCAUGGGAGUUAUUCUCAAGUCAUGCAUUCAAGUCUCAAAACUCAAAUGAACGAAGUCGUGUUUUGACAGAAAUUGGUAAAAAAAUCGUUCAAAGGUGUGGUGGUCUCCCCCUAGCCACAAUUACACUAGGGAGUCUCUUAAAUUCAAAAGAGGACAGUGAGGAGUGGGAAAAUGUUUGUACCAGUAAAUUAUGGGAUUUAUCAAGAGGGGGGAACAACAUAUUUUCUGCAUUAAUUUCAAGCUACAUACGCCUGCCUCCAUAUCUCAAGCGGUGCUUUUCAUUUUGUGCCAUCUUUCCGAAAGGCCAUAAAAUAGAAAAAGGGAACUUGAUAUAUUUAUGGAUGGCUGAAGGUCUUUUGCCACGAUCAACAAUGGGAAAGAGAGCAGAAGAUAUAGGAGAAGAAUGUUUUGAGGAGUUGGUGACGAAGACGUUCUUUCACCACACAUCGAAUGAUUUUUUAAUGCAUAACAUUAUGCAUGAGUUAGCAGAAUGUGUUGCAGGUAAAUUUUGUUACAAGUUGACGGAUAGUGAUCCAAGCACAAUUGGAGUGAGUAGAGUGCGCCGUAUCUCAUAUUUUCAAGGAAUAUACGAUGACCCUGAACAUUUUGCUAUGUACGCUGGUUUCGAGAAGUUGAGGACCUUCAUGCCUUUUAAAUUCUACCCCGUUGUUCCUUCGUUGGGUGAAAUUUCCACUUCAGUUUCAAUUCUAUUAAAAAAACCAAAGCCUCUGCGUGUCUUCUCUUUGUCUGAAUAUCCGAUUACCUUAUUGCCUAGUUCAAUUGGUCAUUUAUUGCAUUUGCGGUAUUUGGAUCUUUCUUGGACUCCAAUUACUUCUCUACCUGAUUCUAUCUGCAAUCUGUAUAACUUAGAAGCAUUAUUGCUGGUGGGUUGUGCUGAUCUUACUUUGUUACCAACAAAAACAUCCAAGCUUAUCAACCUACGACAAUUGGAUAUUAGUGGCAGUGGUAUAAAAAAGAUGCCUACAAAUCUUGGCAAGUUAAAGUCUCUUCAAUCGUUGCCUCGUUUUGUCGUUAACAAUGAUGGGGGAUCAAAUGUUGGUGAAUUGGGGGAGAUGUUGGAACUUCGUGGCUCACUUUCCAUUGUGAACUUGGAAAAUGUUCUGCUUAAAGAAGAAGCAUCCAAUGCUGGGUUGAAGCGUAAAAAAUAUCUUCAUGAGGUCGAAUUCAAGUGGACAACUCCAACACACAGUCAAGAGAGCGAAAAUAUUAUAUUUGACAUGCUAGAGCCGCAUCGAAACUUGAAAAGACUUAAAAUAAAUAAUUUUGGUGGUGAGAAGUUUCCAAAUUGGCUAGGGAGCAAUUCAAGUUCUACUAUGAUGUCUCUAUAACUUCUGUUACAAGGUUGCAAAAGGUGGGUCCGGAAUUUUAUGGGAAUGGAUUUGAGGCAUUUAGUUCCUUAAGAAUCAUCAAGUUUAAGGACAUGCUCAAUUGGGAAGAAUGGUCAGUCAAUAAUCAAAGUGGAAGUGAGGGGUUCACUUUGCUUCAAGAGCUUUACAUAGAAAAUUGUCCUAAACUGAUUGGUAAGUUACCCGGCAACCUUCCUUCCUUGGAUAAGUUAGUGAUCACUUCAUGCCAAACUUUAAGUGAUACCAUGCCAUGUGUCCCAAGAUUAAGAGAAUUGAAGAUCAGCGGUUGUGAAGCAUUUGUUUCCUUAUCCGAGCAAAUGAUGAAAUGCAAUGAUUGUCUUCAAACAAUGGCCAUCAGUAACUGCCCAUCUUUGGUCAGCAUCCCUAUGGAUUGCGUCUCAGGGACGCUUAAAUCUCUUAAAGUAUCUGAUUGUCAGAAAUUACAACUAGAAGAGUCUCACUCCUAUCCUGUCCUUGAGAGUUUAAUCUUAAGAAGUUGCGAUUCUCUCGUAUCUUUUCAAUUGGCUUUAUUUCCAAAGCUUGAAGAUCUUUGCAUAGAAGAUUGUAGCAGUCUCCAGACCAUUUUAUCUACUGCAAACAAUCUUCCAUUUCUUCAAAACUUGAACUUGAAAAAUUGCUCAAAACUGGCUCCGUUUUCUGAGGGAGAGUUUUCUACAAUGACAUCACUUAAUUCUCUUCAUCUUGAGAGUCUUCCUACACUCACUUCACUAAAGGGCAUCGGAAUCGAACACUUAACCUCUCUUAAAAAGCUGGAGAUAGAGGAUUGUGGUAACCUUGCCUCUCUACCAAUAGUCGACUCCCUUUUCCAUCUAACUGUCAAAGGAUGCCCGUUAUUGAAAUCGCAUUUUGAAAGGGUCACCGGAGAAUACUCGGACAUGGUGUCUUCCAUACCCUCUACUAUUAUUGAACCUUAGAUCGCUCAUUUUAACCAUAUACAUCAGCCGAGAAAAGCAGAGGUAGAGAAGCAAUAGGUAAAAAAAUGCUGAGCGUAUUAACUGCUGGGAAUUGUCCUGUUUCUUUUUGGCCGGAGAAUGCGGCAUCUGAUCACUUCUGUUGUCCGUCUUGCUGUAUUCUGGGACUAAAUUAUUAAGUUCAUACUGCAUAUGAUUUGCAUAAUAAUUGAUAUCUUUGAAUUGCAGAAUUUUGAAAUUGUAAACUUGUCAUGUAUAAAUUUAUCUGGUCAAGUUGAUGCUCAUAAAGUUCUGUGAACGUUGUAGCUUUUUAAUGUCAUAA